AUUUUACCCCAAUUUUUCCCCCUGAAUCCCUAAUCUUCAGACUUUUCUUCACUCCCGUUUUCUUCAGACUUUUCAUAUCCCGCUUCCUUCUCAUUAUCUCUCUCUCUCUCGGUUUCAUUUCAAUAUUUCCCCUCAUUCUUUUUCGUGAGAGGGAGAAACCCAAAGAUUUUGUCUGCCGUUUCUUUUUUUUUGGUGAUAUUGAAAUCCCCUGUUUUCGCUAUGUGUUUGAAAUCUAUCGAUGUCGGUCUGUCUGUUUCUUUUUGGUUUUUUAUUUGUCUACUUUCGUGAGGGAUAAUCCCUAAGCUUUCUAUUGCAAAACUCACUGUGUCACUCUUUGUUUGAAAUCUAUUGUUGUGGGUCUGUCUGUUUCUUUUUGGUUGCUUUGUCGGAGACUGAUUUCAGUUUUCAGGUUUAGGCAUCUGAGCUUUUGGAGCCGUUCUACCUUAACUCUUUGGAUUGUCUGUUUCUUUAGACAAUUCUUUGGGUCAGUCACAAAGGUUGAUUACCUGACAUUGAGGCAUGGAUUUAUCAUGGCACAUUUGGCACUUGAAAACGAAACAAAAUUCGAUUUCCAGAAAUACAUCAAGAGAUCAUUAGAGGAUGAUUUUAAAGUUGUUAUAGGGAUCAGUCCAAUCAUCUGGUUCAUUGCUGUCUUGUUCUUGCUUGCCUAUACACAUGGAUGGUAUUCAUAUUUAUGGCUACCUUUUAUCCCCUUAAUUUAUGAAUUUACGAUAAGAUCUUGCUACCAUGAACAUAUUGAAGACGUUAUCAUUAGAGUCUCAAUGGGGGUUAUCAUACAGUUCCUUUUCAGUUAUGUGACUCAUCCACUCUAUGCUUUGGUGACUCAGGUAAGAUAUACAUAAUAGAAACUUGCAGUUCUCAUAUUCUGAUCUAUGAUAAACCUGGAACAAGUUAAGACCAUGAUAAUGGAAAGUUCACCGAGGAAGCUGGGCAGUUUAAUGGGCUUGAUGUUCUUGGAGAUGGUAAUGCUGCAGUUAU